AUGCCUCAACACCUGUGCACUCUGACAUUUACUGGAGCCCCAGCACCUGCACACCCUGAUAUCUGCUGGGGCCCGUAUUCUUGCUCCUCCUACAUCUGCACACUACCACUGGUAGCCCACCUGCUAGAGAAACCAAAGAAAGAGGUCACCCUUCAAAGUGUGGUAAGGUGUGGAGGACCUCUAGGAGCUGUCUUGAUAAAAGAUAGCCAAUUUAAGUUACCACAUUACACAGCCCAAAGCAGCCCUUCGAUGGGUAUGUUUAAUACCUCAAGGGGGAAACUGCAGCAACAACUGUACAAGGGGGAGUUCACUAUAUUCAAGUAUGCACCAGUGUUUGAGAGUGACUUUAUACAGGUCAGCAAAGAAGGAGAAGUGACUGAUGUGCACAACCGUGCCCGAAUGGUGACUGUGGGCAUCGUUAGCGCCAGCCACCUCACACUACCUGAUGUCAUGCUGCUGGCCCGCCCGCUGCUGUGUGUGAUGACUAUAACAGAUAUGGCCCAGCUAACCAGGCUGCUUCCCUUAAAGUUUGAAGUGAUAUCCAUCCAUAAUGGUAAAAAACAACAGCUCCGCCUAAAGCUUGCCACUGGUUGCUCUUUUUACCUUCAGCUGUGUCCCCCUUCUGACACAAGAGAUCUUUUUCUCCACUGGGAAAACCUCAUUUAUAUUCUGAGACCACAAGUAGAGGCUGACAGUGGUUCCCAGGCCAUCCCAUUUGGGAACACACUGGACAUAUCUGGGUUUGAAGAGGAAGACAAAAGCCCAGGGGCAAAUGUCAUUCAUUUCUGUGGAAGGGAUCAAGACCAAGUUGGCAUCAAGGGUCUUCACAUGAACCCUAAAGUGUUUGGGACCACCACUUAUGGUUAUGCUGGGGAGGAAUGAAUUAAUCAAGCCUCCCACACAUACUGCAUUCAAGAGUUCACAUACUCCACAUACUCCUGCAGUCACAAAGCCUACAGUAUCUGAUAAAGGGGUAAGGAUGGUGACAGGAGGAGCCUUGACAGAUCCAGGAGGAAGCGCAGUUAGAAUAGCCAUAAUGGGGGCAUUCAACAUGUUUUAAUAUUGUUGUUAGCAAGGGCUGUGGCCCUUCUUGUCCUCAGAUGGUACUUCCAGCACAUCAGUAGAACCUACUGGCCUCUUCCCAGAGGGCAGCAUAAAUAUGGUGAUUCCAAGAGCAGAAAGUCCAUUGCAAACACAACUAACAAACAACUCAGUAUUGGGACUCUUUAUCAACCUUGCAGAGCGAAGGGUACAUGCGUGAACAGGAUGGAAGCCAGAGGCCUCUGGCCUGCAGGACUGACUUUUUAGGAAAGAGCCAUAAAGUCCUGUACUGCACAUGGUGCAGAGGUGGCCAUCUUAGCCAAGACUGUGGAGAAAAGCAGUAUCAUCCAUUUGAAUACAAUUAAACUCAAAUUCUCUGUUCUAA